AUGAACUUCGACCAGCCCAAACACGAUCCACACGGCGUUCAGCGACUGCUCGACAUCCUGCGUCGCCAACAAGACGCCAGCUCGACGUCCUCCUCUUCUGCCCCUUCAACGUCAACGAUCACCGCGCCGUCUGCCGUUGCGCCCUCGCACCCACCGAAUCCCUUCUCACCCUCACAGACAGCUGCUGAACCCAGCGACACAUCAAUAUCUGCCGUCGAAUCGCAAGUUGAGGCAGCCCAGCGCAGACGCACUUACAACACCUCUUCCUCCAAGUACGGCAUCCCUACCGCAGCAGAAGAGCCUUUCGAUCCGUAUUCGUUCAACCCGUUCAGCGCCUCGAACCCCGUUCUCUCCCAACCCACACCAGCCCCAAAACCAGAACCAGCACCGACACCAACACCCAGACCAAAAUCGCGGGACCUCGCCUCGCUUUCCUUCGCAGAUGCUCUGCCCAUCCUCUCCACCCUUUCCACGGACAAAUCGCUCCUACGCCGCCUACGCUCACUACGCACCCAGCAGCACGACCUCGAAAAGCGACUCUUCAAGGAAUACAGGCAGUUCACGGCGAUAGCAGACAAACAGUACCCAAACGUCAAGGCGCGAAAGGAGCAGGACGAGAAACGCAGAACAGCGAUGCUCAAGCAGUGGGAUGAGUGUGUCAGCAAACAGCAGGAGGAGCUGAACAGAGCGGGUGUUCCAGGUGUGAAAGUCACGAGGGAUAAGAGGGAGACCGAGAAGCAGAGGAAAGUGCUCAACGUGUUGGUAGAGAUGAUGGACGAUGAGGGAGAGUAG